CGAUGGGCUCCGCAACCACAGGCGGUGACAGCUGCCAUGGGUUGGCGUUCGGGGUGACUGUUGACGGGCUCCCGGGCUGGGGCUUUAGUGUCCUCUCGCUGUUUGAGCCCGAGUUUGCAGCGCUCCGUGGACGAGCCGGAAUAGAUGAGAGCCUGUUCCGGGCGUCGCUCGCGCGAUGCAUGCAGUGGCAAGCACAGGGCGGCAAGUCGUCGGCGUCGUUUUGCAAGACGCUUGACGAGCGGUUUGUGCUCAAGUCGAUGUCGCGGGUGGAGCUUGAGCACUUUGUGCGCAUCGGGACCGAGUACUUUGCGCGGAUGGCGCGAGGCGCGCCCUCAUGUCUUGCGCGCAUCUUUGGAGUGUAUCGAGUGGCGCUGCGGACAUGUGAGGCACGACCAAAGGCACACGUGGAGGCGUGGGUGGAGCCUGUGGCGGACGCACUCGGACCGAGCCUGGACGUGCUUGCCGACUCGCUGGCACAGAGCGGGAUGCCAGAAGGUGCACCUGUGGCGAGCGACGAGUUUCUUGUAGUGAUGGAGAACGUGCUGUUUGGGGCCUUGGGCGAGUUUGACGCAGUCUACGACCUGAAGGGCUCGCAGCGGUCGCGCGAGGCAUGCACUGGCGCAACGGUGCGAAUGGACGGCAACUUUGGACGCGAGCGCGCGGUGGCGCCACUCUUCAUGCCGCCCGGCCCGCGAUCGGAGCUUCUGGAAGCAGCCCGAGCCGACACCGACUGGCUCGUCGAGCACAACAUCAUGGACUACUCGAUGCUGUUGGCGGUGAGCGAGGCGACCGGAAGCCUGCAUGUGGGCAUCAUCGACUGGCUCCGGCCGUAUACCUGGGACAAAAAGGUCGAGUCACAGCUCAAGACGCGUCUCGAGGGGCUUCGGCGGGCCAAAGCCCGUGUGCCCACCGUCAUCCCUCCGCCCGACUACGCCCGGCGUUUUCUUGCUGCCAUCGAGUCCUAUCUCCCAGCCCUGCCACCUUGAGCCUCGUAAACGAGACUGCAGCACCA